AUGGACGAGCGAAGAGCGGGAGAGCCAAGACAGGAGGAAGGGAUCUCAAGCAAUGGAGGCCAGGGGAACUCUCAGAUGUCGGAGCGCUUCUUGAGCAUCUACCCGAGGAAGAAACAAGGAGAGACGAGCAGGAGCAGCAAGCUCGUACUGCAGCGAGAAGACAUCUUGCGUCUCCAACACCUCCGGCAGGACGAAGCCUCCAAGAUCCUGGUGACCCCCGGCUCCCUUGCUGUGCAUCGCGACCUGACUGGACGGAUCCAGGGCAUUUCCGUCACGGCCCUGAGGAACGCGGCGAGGCGACUUGGCAUCAACAAGUGGCCGUACAACCCGUCAGAUCCUUCUCGAAGAGGCAGCACUCCUCUCUCCGGAGCUGCUGUGCGGGAUGCGGAAGGUCAGAGCGUGGAAGAAGGCGGGGAGGAAGAGCGAAGCUCCGACGCGAUGCUGGUAGAGCAGAAGGAGGCGCUGAUAGAGCAGGAGGACGCGUCAGCUGGAGGGUUGCGGGAGCUGGACGACGCUUCCUCUACACCUUCAAGUUCGAGUUACGUCAGCAAGCUGUCAGACCCCCACCAACUCUCCAGUUGUCAUCACUCAGACAUCCAUGAAGCAAUCACAAUCUCUCCUCACUUCAUGCGAUGGUUUAUGGAGAGAGACGACGAGGACGAGGAGGAGUGUUCUUAUCACCUGUACAUAGUAUCACAGCGUGCUGUUGCGAUCUUGUGUUGA